CUACCGGAUGUUGGCAUACGCUUCAUUCAUCAUGCUUUUUUGUCCUUCACUCAUCACCUACCAUCGUCAUUACCACCGCGAAGAACAGCAGUGUCAGCGUCCCGUGAAGCGGAGUUGAGACUAUCCCCGCACAACCUCCACCUAAUUUGAUGGUCUUCUUUAUUAGCAACAGACUCUACAACGAAUACCACUUCCGAAAUCGCUCUUGUUGAUACUCAAAACCUUCCCGGCUGCUUUGCUCGAAGAGACUCGUACCUACUAUACACAAUAACCCAAAAUUAAUCUCCCAAUGUCUUCCAAAGACUCCGCAUCCAACAGUCCAUUCCUCUACCCCUUUGAUCCUGCUUCUCCCCUCUUCGUCCUUAAAGGUAUACUGGCAACUGGUACUUUUGGCGCUAUUACUGGAGCCUCAAUUGGAGCGCUUCAGUCCAAAAACCCAUACACAUUGGGUACCAACAUGACCAUAAAUAUGUCCAUCGCUGGCUUGGCUUUUUUUACUGUUCGGGAAUAUGUCGUCUCUCCUUUGCUGCUUAUUAUUGAAGCCACACCAUCCCAUUCUAGACGCCUAUUGGAUCUCCAGUUAAGCGAGAGGCAACGUAGCAAACUGCCGCAGGUCGUCUCAAUAGGGCAGAUGCGCACAGACAGGGUGUUGGAUUCAGCUCUCGCUGGAGCUUUGACCGGUGGAGUACUAUCUGCGGCUUUUCGAGGACGUGCAACGUUUGGCAAGGCCGCGUUUACUUCUGCGUUGAUCACCUCCGCUCUGCAGGUGUCAGCCAAUCAACUACGCGUCAUGCGAUUAAGCUAUCUCGCCAAAAGCCAAACCAGGAUGUCGUCGCUCGAUACUGCUUCUCCUUCUGAACAAGAACCAACCGCUACAUUUGACGCCUUGAAAUCAUCCAUGCCCUCUCUUGAACCGACCUCACCACCAUCUUUACCGGAGCGCAUGAUGUCAAAUCUUGCCAAAGUACUACCAGUACGAAAGCUCAGUAACGAAGAGUACCUCGCAACGCUGGAGAAAAAGAGAGCAGAAGUAGAUAAAAGAUUGGAAGAGAUUGCUGAGGAAGAGAUAAGGAUGUACGAAUGGGCCCAAAAACAGCAACAACGGCCUACAUAAUCCUAUGCAUGUCUGACUAGAGGCUCCCCAAACGAUAUGUCAUGAUAAUCUGAG